UGUAUUAGAUUAUUUUCUCCAUGGUGAUCGGUCAAUUACAUGGGUCCCCCUAUCAGUUACUCUAAUCCUGUGUACUCGUUUGCAAACUUAGCACCAUCACACGCCAAUUACAUUAGACCUUGUCGGCACUGUAACUGGCUCCUCACUUCAAGGGGCCGGAAUUCUUGGGUCCCACACUUUAACGUCGGACAAAAUAAGCAACAUUUGAUUCCUUGCCAUGACAGCCGUUAGAUAAAGUGAGUAGAUGGGAGAAACAGUACAAGUGAGUAAGACAUGAAGAGAAGGAGACGGAGAUUGGGAAGUGGUCAAGUAGCUCAAUAGUCCUUGAGCACCACUCGCUGAUGAUGUGGUUUUGUUGGCUAUUUGUUUUUUCUCGAUUUAGCAGAGAAACCCUCCUCCACCCACUGCUUUACCACCAACCGUGUCUUCAUUUUUUAAUCCCAAAAUAUUGUUUUUUAUAUAUUAUUUCUUUCACAAGUAUAUAAAAGGCUAUCCCAUUUUUUCUCUUAAAAGAGAGAGGCUCAUUUUUGCCCUCUGAAUUGCUGCCUUUUGAAGAAGAAGGAACGCACAGAAGGGUUCUAUAUAUUUCAACUUUAGAAAAUGAGGGGGAGUCUUUGGCAACUUGGGCAAUCGCUUACACGUCGUCUUGCUCAGGCUGACAAGAAGGCUGUAGCACGUCGGUACUUUGCUUCAGAGGCUGAUCUGAAAAAAACUGUUCUUUAUGACUUCCAUGUUGCUAAAGGUGGGAAGAUGGUCCCAUUCGCUGGAUGGAGCAUGCCCAUUCAAUACAAGGACUCAAUCAUGGACUCUACUGUAAAUUGCAGGCAGAAUGGUGGACUCUUUGAUGUAUCUCAUAUGUGUGGUCUGAGCCUUAAGGGAAAGGACUGUAUUCCAUUCCUCGAAAAGCUUGUCAUUGCUGAUGUUGCUGGGCUUGCCCCUGGAACAGGAACUCUAACUGUCUUUACAAAUGAGAAGGGAGGGGCAAUUGAUGAUUCCGUCAUCACCAAAGUGAAGGAUGAUCACAUAUACCUGGUUGUGAAUGCAGGCUGCAGGGAUAAGGAUCUGGCUCACAUUGAAGAGCAUAUGAAGGCUUUCAAGGCCAAAGGUGGGGAUGUCUUAUGGCACAUCCAUGAUGAGAGAUCUCUUCUAGCUCUCCAGGGUCCUCUUGCUGCACCAGUUCUUCAACAUCUGACAAAGGAUGAUUUGAGUAAGAUAUAUUUUGGGGAAUUCCGAAUAUUGAAUAUCAAUGGAGCAACAUGCUUUCUCACUCGGACUGGUUACACUGGUGAGGAUGGAUUUGAAAUCUCAGUUCCUUCAGAGAAUGCUGUGGAUCUAGCUAAAGCAAUCUUGGAAAAAUCUGAAGGGAAGGUUAGGUUGACAGGACUCGGAGCUCGAGACAGUCUCCGACUUGAAGCUGGGCUGUGUUUAUAUGGUAAUGACAUGGAACAACAUACAUCUCCGGUAGAGGCUGGACUGACAUGGGCCAUAGGGAAGAGAAGGAGAGCAGAAGGUGGAUUCCUAGGGGCUGAGGUAAUCCUCAAACAACUGGAGGAGGGUCCAUCAAUUAGGCGCGUUGGCUUCAUCUCCACAGGACCACCUCCACGAUCCCACAGUGAGAUUCAGGAUGAGAAAGGAAGCAACAUUGGUGAAAUCACCAGCGGAGGAUUUAGCCCCUGCCUCAAGAAGAACAUAGCAAUGGGAUACGUGAAAUCUGGAUUACACAAGGCAGGCACCAAAGCUAAGAUUUUGGUAAGAGGAAAGGCCUAUGAUGGAGUUGUCACAAAAAUGCCAUUUGUACCAACAAAAUAUUACAAGCCUGCCUAGAUCGAAUUUACUCUUCAGCUCCAGGAUUUUCUCAUUGUUUCCUCUUUUCGAGUUGUUCUUGUAUACUUUAACCGCUACAAUCAAAUACUAAUUGUCCUGUUUUUUUUCGAAUAAUAAUAGAUAGGAAAAACUUAUCUUCAUAUAUAUUGAUAAAGAAAAUUAAGGAAAAAAUAUUGUCAAAUUCUCAU